GUUGUGUAAUAAUUUAGUAGUAGCAAUGGGGAUAUGCACGUCUUGUUUUAAAAGUUCGUCUGCAGACUUUACAACACCAGAUAUGAUCGUAAAGCGGACGCCACACACCAAACUACGCGAAGUUCGCUGCGCAGGUGGCCAGACAGGAUAGUCUUGUUCGCGAAUUUGGAGAUACUCAUGCCGUGGGUUUCGAGUGAUCAUUUCGACGAUUUUGAUUUUCUGCUGGCUCUCACAGAGACGCGGCGGAGGCAGCAGGCGGAGGCGGCAGAGCGCCGGCUGCAGGAGCAGGAGCGGCGAGGGGUGAAGGACCCGGAGCGUGUCAAGCGGCAGCAGCAGAAGAAGGAAGAGCUCGAGCGGCGGGAGGACGAGGCGGCCAGGCAGGGGCAGGGCGGGGCCUUGCGGUGGCAAGUUGACUGAUGAUGCUCACUUAAACUGCUGAAAAUCUUUCUUCAUGCUGCUUUGCACAGAAAUGGGUGCACUUUUUUUUAUUGAAGCCAGGAAAAUUAAAAUAUAAUUUAUAAAACAUUAAACAUUUUUUAUGGAAUAAUUUUUUCUGUAAGCUGAAAUACUUCCCAUCAUUAAUAAUCGAAGUACUUUCAGGUUAUGUUUUAUUUUUAAUUAUAAAAGAGGUUAAAAUAUGUAUUUUUCUAUACAAGCAAAUUGCUCAUAGGUACGUUAUUUAUUAAAAGUUUUAUUUACUAUGUUCAUAGAACAUAAUUGAAUAUAUUAUAUUUUCUAUGACAUAAUUCUAAGCAUAAAUGUGUAAGACUAGCAAAUACUGUUCACAUGUUAAUUGCUAUUCACAUGUUAACUGUUAUGUGCAAAUUUUGUUCUUGGGCAUUGUUUAUUUGAUUCUCAGUUUCUUGAAAUAUAGGCUCUAAAGUGUUAGGUUUUGCAAUUUUUUCUUUAGCUUUGCCUACCAUGGAUUUUUUUUGUUAGUGAAGUCUUCAUGUUGGGCACAACUGAAGCACUUUUAACUGCAUAAUGCAAUUGUUUGCCCCGUGGUGCAUGUUCUAACAGGUGACUUUGGAACAGAUUUAGUUUUUAUGUUGGCUUCAGUGAAUUGGUAGUUUCAGCCAAGUGAAAUAUAUUUUUCUUAGGUGGACGUAAUUUCGUUCUGGAAAACGAUGUUUAUUUGGAUGCAUAUGUUGUCUCUUUGCCUUUGUUUCAUUUUUGGGACAGAUUUUGUGAUUUGUAAUAAACCCAAAAUAACACAGAGAUGAGUAUCAUCAUUUAGGCCUGUGCGAAUAUAUUCAGUUAUUGAAAGUUAUUGAAAUACAAAAAUUAAUAAUUUGUUACUCAUAUUCUAUUUAACUGGGAAUACUAACCCUUUGUAAUAUCAAUUACUCUAUUGUUUACGAAGAUUGGUGAAGCAAGUUUGUUCUUCAUCAUUGUUGACUAUUGACGUAAAAUCAUUUGUGGAAUGUCAAAACCCAAUUGAGAAACAUUUAACAGAAUUAUUGAGCACUAUCAAAACAUGAACUAUAUUCAAUAUUUUUGAACACUUAUACAAUAACACAGGCCAACAAAAAAAAAUUGUAAAAAUUUUUAAACAAAUAUAUCUAAAUAUUAUGUAUUUUUGGGUGCUGAAAGCAUAUCUGAUAUCAGUUUUUUUGUAUCACCCACAGUUCUCUCAGAUUACGACAUGGAUUAUGUUUUAAAGUGGGGAUAAUUUGCUACAUAAAAAAUAAAAACAUUAAACUUGAACCAUGUAUUUAAAUUAGGCUAGAAUUUUUAUCUACCAUAAAAUUACCACUUAAAUACAAAUAUUUUACUUAUUUUUUGUAUUUCCUUUUGUCUGUAUAUUUCUUGUAGAGCUUUAUCUUCUAUGCAAUGGAUUUUUUUUGUUCUUGAUGGAGUGAUCAACUGUAAUCACCCAACAUAUUGAUGUUCCACCAUCCCUGGUACCGUUUCUCCAUUACCUUUAUGUGCUGAUGGAACCAUUCACCCUGCUCUUAACUCACAUCAUCAAGUUUUCAGGAAAAAAGUUAGAAGUUGUGCAAGAAGUGAACUUUGAGGCUCAUCAAACAUCCCAGAUUUUUGAACUUGUCUAUCAUACUAGCUACAAUAAGCUCAUAGUUUGGGUCUUUCACAUUCCAAAUAAUUUAGUCACAACUUGCUUAAAUUAUAUCCAAGCCUCCUUUUAUAUACAUUUUAGUCACCCUUGCUUCAAAGAUGGAAUCGAACAUCAUUUUACGAAUAUUAGGCCCAAUGAAAACCCCUUCUUUCAGUUUGGUUUCUGAGAAAUGGGGAAAUCUUUCACACAAAUAUUUAAAACAUUCACCUUCUUUAGAUAAGAAUUAUACAAAUUGUUUAAUUAAGUCUAACUUUAUGUGUAGAAGUGGUAGAAGAAUCAUUUUUGGAUCUACUAAAGUUUUAUGCAAAAUGUUCUCGCCAGGUGUUUAGUGGACCAAUAUAAAACUUGGAAACUUUGUAAAUCCCUUUUGUUUACCAAGGAUCAUGCAAACAACUUUCAAAUCUCCACAUAGCAUCUAGUUGUGAGCUGGAUAGUUAAUAUUAUUUAAUUCAUGUAAAGGUUUUGUAAGUUUCCUUCCUAUGUACUGAAUGAGCAACAUUCAGUGAAGCAUAAGUAUUUCCAUUGUGUAAAGAAAUUGCUUUUAAACAAGUUUUUGAUAAGUCUAUAAAAAGCCUUCAUUCUUCCUUUUUGUACUCAAAGCCAAAUUAAUUAAUUAAAUUACCAAUAUCAUGGCAAUAUACAAAAUCUCCUUCCUGUUUUAAAACUGAGCAAACUAUUGAUCUCUUGUUCUAUAUUGGUAAAUAGAUGUCCCAGAUGCCAUUAAUGUUUUUCUUUCAGCCUAGAACCAAGCACUUCUGCUUUUUCCUUAGUCAAACCCAAAUCUCUCACAAAAUCAUUUAACUCAGCUUGUGUAAACAAUUGUGGUACUAAAUUUUCUGGAGAACAUUGGAAAUCAUCAUCAUCCGGUUCAAUUUUGUCAGACUCUGGUUCACUGGACUGUAAAAGUCAUCAAUAGAUUGAGGUGGCUCAGGGACAGGAAUUUCCGGUCCAUGUCCUACCGGCCAAAUAGCUGAAGGAAGGUUAGGGUAGACAAUUACUUUCUUAUUUUUUGAAUUAUACACAUAAACAUCAAUGCUGUAAAAAUAACAAUCAUUUGAAUUAAUUUUUUGCUCCCUCCAUACCAUAGGUAAUGCAAAUGUAAUUUUUUUUUUCUAUUUCCUAAGAUUUUCAACACAAACAUAAUAUACCUUUAAGGAGCCCAACAUUUUUCUUGAUCACCAAUUUUUGCUCCAAAAUAUGCAAAGUAUAUAGGUAUAUAUUUUUUACAGACACCUACCACAUAUAAAAAUUUUUAAGACAGUUCUUACAACCACGGUUUGUCAUACUUAUAGCAAAGGGACCAAAUGCUGAAAAGUGAGGUUAUAUUUACUUGAAGAAAACUAACAGCUGUCCCAUUUUCCAGAAUUGCCAACAAAUAAAAUUUGAUUUUAAUGUAUUUUUCAGAGUAAUAGAAUGCACAAAUACUAUAUAAAAAAAUUAACUUUUCAAUUUUGAAUAUAAAAAUGUGAUAAAUUGGUGGGUGAUAUUACUUUUUUAUUAUUAUUUUCAGAUUCACCACACCCAAAUUUGUUUUAAUGUUAGCCUGUGUAAUCAGAGUUAUUUCACUGCUGUUUCUCUGAAUGUCUGAAUCAAUAGUGGCAAAAAUCAUGUAGACUUUUGAAAUCACAGACUGUUUUUAUAACUGUAACUUGAAUGGGAGGGAAGAGGGGGGACACGCACUACAUAUCUACUUAUCGCCAUAUUAGCAGUGGAUAAAAUAAGUAGCAGCUUAUUUGCUUCAUUUAUCUAUGAGGGCACAGAUGUUGCGACUCAAAAACAAAAUUAACAAAUGUAAAUAAAGUUUCCCUUAUUUGAGAGGAAAUUUGUACUAGAUGUGUUUGUAAUAUUGCUGAACUAAAUAACAGUUCACUAAAAUUUAUAUUAUAAAAUAACUCAUUUCACUACUAUUUUACUACCAUUUGUUAAAAAAAUAUUACCAUUUUCACAAAAUGAAUCAGAUUUUGCGAUAUUUUGUGAUUUGAAAAAAUUUUCAGCCUCCAUUAUUUGGUACUCAUAUUUGAAUUUAAUUUGAACUAAAAUCCUGAUAUUUGCACAGGUCUGGUCAAAUCAUCAUACAAAACCAAAAUGAAAAUUAAUACACAGUCUAUCACUGAAAUAUCAGUUAGUAAAUUAAAUGAAACAAUUCAAGCCAAACUUUAUUCAGAUCACUGGAAUUUUGUUCAACAUCAAAAAUGUAUGAAUGUCAUUAUGUAACAUGUGGUUCAUAAUUAAAUGUAAUUGCAAAUUGGACAAAAGAUUAUGUAAAUGUGCCCUCUGAUUUAUUACAUUUUACUGUCUCUUGUGAUAACACUAAUUAUUUUUUGUUUGUGAGAAAAUGUGCCCUAGACAUUCUGAACUUGAUGAAUUUAGUUGUGAGGUAAAGUUUUGAAUUCACUCAUGUAUUAGCAUGUAAUGCUGCCUUUUUAUACUUAAUUGUCUAUGUACAAAUGUAGGUUUUUUGGUUAACGUUCAAUUUCAACAUUUAAUGAGGCAACAUGUCAAGUCAAUUAAAAUUAGCAAAAUUUAAAUAAUUGCAUCUCUUAGUGGUGAAAUAUUAUACUUGCAUCAUUUAUAACUUCAAUGUUAAGUUAAUGUAUGUGAAGCUACUUGUAAUAAUUAAAUUGCUUCGGACAAAAUAUGAACCACUUCACCAAAAAUGUGUGAUGACUGUGAUGAGUAUUUCAUUCUGUAUCUUACACCUUUUUUUAAUCAAAUCUUUAUAAAAAAUUGUUUUUCGUAAGAAUUAAGCUGACUUCAUGUUGUGUAUAUAAUACGGUAUAUACAUAAUAUAUAAACUUUUUGAUUUUGAAUUUAAAUAAUGAAAAUUUUUAUGGUCAAAAAUUUCAUCAUAGUAGUCAUCCUAUGUUAUGGGGUCAUAUUUUUUUAUGAAGAUUUUUUUCUUUUCCCAAAUAUUUAGGUAUGAUUUUGGGUUUAUGAUGUAACGAUUCAAUUGCAAUAUGGAACAUUGUAUUCAGGGCUCGAUUUUAGCACCUGUCCGCCUGCCCGGGACAGGCAAAAUCUCGUCCAGGCAGGCAAAAUAAAAAAGGCAACUGUCCGGUGGACAGGUGCAACUUGUGACGCAGAGGUUAUUCGCACGCACUAAUGCAGCAGAGGUGAUUAAUAACAUUUAUGCGACGGCAAAUAAAACAUCUUUGACAAUAUCUAUAAUCUAUAAAUAAACAAUAAUGGCUGAAAGUGAGUUUGAUCCAGCACCAGCAAUAAAUCUCUGGUAUCAUAAUGUUCAGAGAAAACGUCGACCCUUUCAGCCUCCUUAUCGAAGAUGUUCAAGACAGAAUCAGCCAAUAAUUCGUGCAGUGACUCAAACAGUGACUCGUCUGAAAAUGAUGAUUAAAUAAGGAUGUUAAGUGUGUGAUAAAAAUAGGUGCAAAAUAUAGCAAAAAUCCUUUUUUCUCACUUUUUCAGCGACUUUGAAAUUGUUUUUAUUUGGGUAAAACAGCGGACAGGCAAAUUGGAUGGCGGACAGGCAAAUUUUCGAUUACACCUGUCCGUUGGGCAGGUUAAAAUAUUCCUUAAAAUCUAGCCCUGAUUGUAUUAUUGUGUACAAAAACUGACAGUAUUGCAACAUGUGUAUGUAUCUUUAAAUAAUGGUUAUUUUUGUAGCUUGUGCAACAUUGUGCAAAUUGUAUUAAAAAAUCUGUGUCAGGUUAAUGGUAGCUUUGUAUAAUGAUGUAAUAAAUUGUGUACAUAUUUGUAAA